CACCUCCUUCGGUGUUAUCAGUCGCACUUCCUUUCCUGACAGACCUCUGGCUUUUUCAAAAUGAGGCGUCCAACUCUGUUUUUCCGCGAUUUGCAUAAAGAGAUCUACUUCCUGGUGCAGAGCCUGUUCGGCAACUUACCUGACAGAGCUGGGGAGAAGAGAGAAGAGCAGAAAAACUCAGGGGGGACAAUUUGAGGAGAAGAGGAGAGACGAGGCCAGGCGGCCCGCCUGGUCUGCCCUGCCUUGGUGAUCACCUUUGGGGUCUGAGCUACCAUUUGUACUUGGUACCUCUUUCCACAGAUUUCCUACAGAAUAUUGAAAUGACGUCCCUACAAGGCACUACAUUGGGUCGAAGUAUACCAGUUGAAGUGGAUGAAACUACUGACUGGUCUCCAUUUCCAGAACAUUCAUUGAAAGAGGCUUUGAACCCUUCUGCAGAAAUCAUAAAUAACUCAAUGCCCAUGGGAUCUUACCCAUCUCAAACAUCUCAUCUGAUGGUUGGGCAACUAGGAUUCUAUAAGCACCUUGAUCAUGUCAGUUACAAUAAUGGCAUAUUAGAAACUUAUGGCCACAGUCUUUUACAAGAAACCUAUGAUUCUAGAAGAGGGAGAUUUCCUGGCCCAUCCAGCAACUCAACAGACCACUCAGGAUUUAAUCAUUUGCCUCAAGACAAAACAAACCAGCUGUUGAUGUCUCACUCAUCAGCUGAUUCUCCUGACUUUGGACACAGUUCUAGUAAUUUGCAAAGAAAUUCAUCUGAAACAUCCCAGCAUUCACUUGGUGAAAGGCAGGAAAAUGCAAAGCCAGAUUGGCAACAGGAUAAUAGGGUGCCAAUAGACCUAAGGACAGAAGAUGCAGGAUAUGAUUCUCAGCCUCAGGAUCCUCUGGGCAUUGGACAACCUGAGCGUCCCUUGUCCUUUGCUUCUGUUUUUAACCUGCGAGACCUUCCAAAGCCUCUGAUGUCCAGAGAAUAUCCACAGAUGGACUCUCAGUCAUACCCUUUAUUUCCUCAAAUGCCCCAUCCUUAUAUUUCACCACAAGCUCAGUGGCAUCCAAGAUACUACAAUCAUAAUAUGUACUGCCAGAAUCCAUAUGGGCAAACACCCUAUCAACAUUUUGCACGUUCACCUCAAGUGCAGCUUCCUGUUCCUGGCCCUUGUGUAAGGGUCAUCCGUCCUGCUCAGCAAAUAAUCCCACAUUAUUCUAGUCCGCAUGGCCCCAAGUGUAAUGAAGAAAGGCUGCCCCAAGGAGAAAGCUCUUCCGAAGGACUUCAGAGAUUUCAUGACCAGUUCCAGAAGCAGAUGCUUGAUAGUAAUUCACCAUACAAAAUAUACUGGGCCCACAAGGACAUACAGGGAGUUCCUCUUGAUUCCAUGGCUCAGUCUGGCAGCAUGUCCACCCCUGGUGCUAUCCCGAGACCACUAAAUAAUUCUGCAGCCAAGGGGACACUGAGGACCAGCAACUUGCCUGAAGAACUACGUAAAGUCUUUAUAACCUAUUCCGUGGACACGGCUGUGGAGGUCAUGAAGUUUGUGAACUUUUUAUUUGUAAAUGGAUUUCAGACAGCGAUUGACAUAUUUGAGGACACCAUUCGAGGAAUUGAUAUUAUCAAAUGGAUGGAACGUUACCUAAGUGAUAAGACAGUAAUGAUAAUCAUAGCAAUCAGUCCAAAAUACAAACAGGAUGUUGAAGGGGCUGAAUCCCAGCUGGACAAGGAUGAACAUGGUUUACAUACUAAGUAUAUCCACAGGAUGAUGCAAAUUGAAUUUAUACAGCAAGGAAGCAUGAACUUUAGAUUCAUUCCUGUGCUAUUUCCAAAUGCAAAAAAGGAACAUGUACCUACCUGGCUUCAGAAUACUCACAUCUACCACUGGCCCCGGAAUAAAAAGAACAUUCUGUUGCGGUUGCUGAGAGAAGAGGAGUAUAUUGCGCCUCCGAUAGGACCUUUGCCCACUCUCCAGGUUGUUCCAUUAGGAGCACAGAUCUAAAGCACAUGUGGACUAAAUGUUGUAUGAUUCUCUGGGCUGAUAGCCAGGAUUUUCCUGGCUACCUCUUCUGGGUGAUGAACAGUAUGUGCACCCUCUCCCCUCCCUACCACAAACAGAAUUGUCUUGGGGGGCAGCAAGCCAAUGUGUUUUCUUUUGUCCUGAAUGUUUCCUUCCAAGGCUGAUCAGGCAUGUUGCUGCAUUUCAACAAACUGCAAAUGGAAAAGUAUAUUUCAUGGUUGUUGCUUUUCUUCCAUCUUAAGCAAUGUUCCAAGUCUGCGGCAAAGCAAACAAAUACUAGAAUGAGGCUAAAUACGCCAAAAAAUUGCAUAAUCUUGUUUGCUCACAGCUCCUUUUGUUGUCACACAGAUGAACAUAUAUUGUAAAACAAUCUCCCAAUGCUAUUCCAUGUACACAAUAAAGGAGUUGCUUUUCA